AUGACAGGGGGUCCGGUGUCACAGCCGGUGGCAAAGGAACCAAACCCGUUGAYGUUUCAAUGUCCACUAUUAACAUCAACCAAUUAUACCAUAUGGAAGAUACGAAUGGAAGUGAUUCUUGGAAUUCAUGGAGUCURGGAGGUGAUAGAUCCGGGCUCAGACGAUGCCAAGAAAAACAAUAUUGUGAAGGCCUUACUAUUUCAAUCGAUACCGGAAGACUUGAUCCUUCAAAUCGGCAAUUUUAAAACCGGGAAGGAGAUGUGGGAAGCAAUAAAAAUACGUAACCUAGGGGCUGAACGCGUAAAGGAAGCAAGACUACAGACCUUAACUACUGAAUUUGAAAACUUAAAGAUGCAAGAUACCGGUACCAUAGACGACUAUGCAGCAAAGCUAUCGGGCAUUGCUUCUAAAGCAGCCAUGCUUGGAGAAAUUAUGUCGAAACACAAGCUGGUAAAGAAAUUUCUCACAAGUCUUCCCAGGCGAUUUAUCCAUAUUGUAGCAGCUCUCGAACAGGUUCUAGAUCUUAAAACAAUUAGGUUCGAGGAUGUGGUCGGAAGAUUGAAAGCUUAUGAAGAAAGGAUCAAAGAAGAAGAUAAGGCAAAUGAGGUACAAGGAAAAUUGCUUUUUACUAAGGCUGAAAAUUACCCAAACAGGGGUAGAGGACGUGGCUCGAACUCUCGAGGUCGUGGUCGUGGUCGUGGUCAAGGCCGUGGUCGGGGUAACACCCAAAAUAAUGGCCAAUGCGACUUCUCGAAAAACCGUGAAGAUAAAAAACAAAAGGGUAAACAACAUGAGCAACGUGACCUCUCAAAUAUCAAGUGUUACCGUUGCGACAAGUACGGACACUUUGUUUCAAGAUGUCCAGAUCGACCUCGAGACCAUGAGCCAAACCUUCAUGAGACGCAAGAGGGAGAUGCGAAUCAUGAGGAAGGAGCAUUUUACAUGAUGAACCUUGUUCAAGAAACGAUAUUUAUUAAUGAAGAACAGUACAUCCCGCCAAAGAUCAAGUCCAACACCAAGGAAGACGAUAUAUGGUACUUGGACAACGGUGCAAGUAAUCAUAUGACCGGUAACUACUCGUACUUCUCUGAAUUAAAUGAACGUAUAACCGGUCGAGUGAGAUUCGGAGGCGGGUCGUGCGUAAGCAUAAAAGGAAAGGGCUCGAUUUUGUUCGAAAAAAAAACGGCGAACAAAAAUUAUUGA